AGAAUGGGAAGGGGGAGGGGCAGAAAGCAUCCCUCUUGUCACAGGGCUUAGGGCUUGGGAGUACUGAACAGCUGUGGACUCUCUGGUGGGAGUAGCGGGAAUUUGAAGUCUCCUUUUUAUUAAGUUUUUUGAGGAGAGAACAACUCUAUGCCACCUUGGAGGUAUUUCCUGGAAAUACCCAAAGCACCCCAAAGUUAGGAGCCCCUCUUGAGGUCCUGCUGCUCCAGAGUUGGGCAGAUCCGGAUAGAGCCUGGAAUAGACAUAUCAAAGUACAUCUUAGUUGGCUUCUGAUAAUUCAGUACGUAGUGAUAGGUUGUGAAUUUUGGUUAAUAUAUGAUAUAAUGUGUAGCUCAGGUUGUUUUGAUCUUUGAGACAGUGUAGGCUGCCUUCCCACUUACUCUUUUCAGUCUUAUUUCCUGCUAAAAUUUCCUGACUAGAAGGGGAGGAAGUGGUCAGAGAAGUAGAACAGGAUAGAUUUUUUAAAAACACCCUGCAAGUAUUGGGAUCUAGGGAAAUGAUGGAGGGUGUGUUCUGAAAGAAUUCAGGACUCAGGCUGGCUCCAAAUCAAGUAAAGGUAUUAAGAUUUAUGCAAUCAGUGGGUUAGCCUCUAUGAAGGAGUUAGCAGCACAGAAGAACAAGACAAGGAUUUUUAUAGAGUAAAUGGUACUGAUCACAUCACAAGAUGUCUAAGUUUGGGGUUGCAGGAGGAGUUUAUUAACGUGAAGAGGUCCUAAAAUCUUGGUGAAACUGUGUAUAUGGUUACCCAGAAUGCAUACAGAAAACCCAGUUUUUUAAGGGAUUAUUAAUAUAUGGUAAUGAUAUUAUAACUAACAUUAAAUUCACCCAAGAAUGACAAAAAAGGAGAAGUCACAGGUGCCAUGUCAAUAGAAAGAUUUGUUGAUGGUUUCGGAUCCAAUGUCCUGUUUUAUAUCCUGUUGGUACUCCUUUCUUAUUAGCUGAUUUCUCUGGUAUGUCUACACCAGAUGGAGUAGUCACCAGGGCUGGCUGACUUGCUCAUUGUUGUAGUGAUUCUGUGGGAUUUGAGGCUGGGGACAACAAUUAGAAUCCCAACAAUAGUAUAAGUAACAUAAGUUCACCCAAGGACCGCAAAACAAAGGAAGUUUGAAGGUGCCACAUUGGGAAAAGUCCUUUCUGCCCUUUGUGGUACACCACCAUCCUAAUCUGCAUUUUAUUGGCUGAUUUCUCUUAUGUUUAUAGCACCUGAUGUGGUUAUAGUAUAUGCUGAUCUGCUUGUUGUUGAUUAUAGGAAAAGUUCAAGCUGGCUGGAGGCAACAAUUAGAAUCUCAUGAAAAGCAUCCAGUAAUACUGCCUUCUUGCCCCUAGCACUCAUGUUGGACCCAGGCACCAAAGAUCUCUUGCCAUCUCAGAUCCCAAGCCCUUUCUGUCUUUUGGGUCUCAGUAGGAUAGAGGUAUGGAAUUGGGUAGAAGUGAAAGAGUAAGAGAGGGUGACACCAUCUCAUUUACAACCCUGACCCAAUCUGCUGCUUCCCUUUUAACCUAGGUUGGAGUCUCUCCUCUGAGGACAGACCCAGGGACUUUAUAACUCCGGUGGAAUCUCUCCCUCCACAAAUCCCUGUUGGACAGCCUCCUGCCUAGGAAGAGAAAGGAAAGAAGUUUCACUUUCUGGGAUCCUUCUCCCUCUCCAGCUCUCAUUCUGCAGAGGACCAAAGCCUGGCCCAAGCAGGGAGCCCAAAGUCAGAGGGAAUGGCCCCUGGGAAUCACAGACCCCCACCCCAGGAGUUGGUGACAUUCAAGGAUGUGGCUGUAGAUUUCUCCCCAGAGGAGUGGGGUCUGUUGGACCAUGCUAAGAAAGAGCUAUACAAGGAUGUCAUGCUGGAGAAUGCUCAGAAUUUACUCUCCCUAGGGCUUCCAGUUCCCAGAGAAUAUUUGAUCUCCCAUUUUGAGCAAGAAGGCCUGAGGAGCUCCUGUCCAGAUUCAGAGACCAGAUUUGAUGUGAAGGAAUCAACUGCAAAGCUGAAAGUGAUCUCAUGGAAUGACUAUUCUCAGUAUAGUCAAUGCAGUGCUGGUCAUGCUAAUCAUCAAAGAAUUCACACUGGAGAGAAACGUUAUGAAUGUAAUCAAUGUAAAAAGACUUUCAGAAUGAGCUUCCAUCUAACUACACAUCAGAGAAUCCACACUGGAGAAAAACCUCAUGAAUGUAAUCAUUGUGGAAAGACUUUCACACAGCGUUCCAGUCUUUAUGUGCAUCAAAGAAUCCACACUGGAGAGAAACCUUAUGAAUGUUAUCAUUGUGGAAAGACUUUCACACAGCUCUCCAGUCUUGCUGAACAUCAGAGAAUCCACACUGGAGAAAAACCUUAUGAAUGUAAUCAGUGUGGAAAGACUUUCAGAAUUAGCUCUCAUCUCGUUGUACAUCAGAGAAUCCAUACUGGCGAAAAACCUUAUGAAUGUAAUCAUUGUGGAAAGGCUUUCUCACAGCACUCUGGUCUUGCUGAACAUCGGAGAAUCCACACUGGAGAGAAACCUUAUGGAUGUAAUCAAUGUGGCAAGACUUUCAGAAGUAGCUCCCAUCUUGUUGUUCAUCAGAGAAUCCAUACAGGAGAGAAACCUUAUGAAUGUAAUCAAUGUGGAAAGGCCUUCAGAUGCCGCUUCACUCUUUGUAGACAUCAGAGAAUUCACACUGGAGAGAAACUUUUUGAAUGUAAUCAAUGUGGAAAGACUUUUACCUGCACAUCACAUCUUUUUAAACAUCAGAGAAGUCACAGUGUAGAGAAACCUUAUGAGUGUAAUCCAUGUGAAAGACUGUCACACAGUCCUCCAGUCUUGCUUGAACAUCAGAGAAUCCACAAUGGAGAGGAUUCUUAUGAAUGUAAUCAAGAGGGAAAGACUUUCAGAAGGAGCUCCCAUCUUGUACAUCAGAGAAUUCGCACUGGAGAGAAACCUUAUGAAUGCAAUCAAUGUGGGAAGGCUUUCCGAUGCCUUUCCACUCUUUAUACACAUCAGCUAAUCCACAGUGGAAUAAAACCUUUUGAAUGUUAUCAAUGUGGAAAGACUUUCAGGUGUACAUCAUAUCUUUUUAAACAUCAGAUGAUACACACUGGAGAGAAACCUUUUAAAUGUAAUCAAUGUGAAAAGACUUUCACAAGGAGCUCCAGUGUUACUUAUCAUCAGAGAAUUCACACUAGAGAGAAACUUCUUAACUGUCUGGAGUAUGGGAAAACUUUUAAGGUACACUCUCAUCUUACUAAACAAUAGAAAGUCCAUACUAGAGGAAAUACUUCAUUAAUGUAAUCAAUAUGGAAAAUCACCCAGAGUAGAGUUACCCCUUAUUUCCCAUCAGAGAAUUCACAUAAUAUAGAAAUUACAUCUCUGUAAUGCAUAUGUAAAGACAUUCAAAUGUAGUGCAGAACUUGUUAGACAUCAGAAACUUCAUCUUGGGAACAAGCCCUAUAUGGAUACAUUAUGGGAAAACCCUUGGCCAGAGAUCAUCUCAGAGAUUCAUAGUAGAGAGAAGGCUUUGGAAUAUACUCAAUGAGGACCUGCCUUUUGCUAGAAGAUGGAUGUCACUAGACAUUCACAUUGGAAGGAAGCCUUAUAAAAGCAAUACUUAUGGAGAAGGCUUUCACCUAAAGCUUGUAUAUGUAUAUACACUGGAAAAAUCUUGCUUGGGAUAAAUCUUAUUGAUCUAAUUAAUAUGGGAAGCUUUCCUGAAGCAUAAACUUUUCAUUAGACAUCCCAAAUUUCAUAUUGUGCAUAAAGGCCUAAAAGUGGAUUAAAUAUUUCUCUGAAAUCCUAAGGUUUCUCAUUACUCUUCUAUAAUAUUCUUCCAUGGCAUUUUAAUGACAUAACUUUUUUUUUUUUUUUUGAGGCAGUGGGGGUUAAGUGACUUGCCCAAAGUCACACAGCUAGUUAGUGUGAAACUAUAUUUGAAAUUGCUAUCUCUUGGCUCCAGGGCUGGUGAUCUUUCCACUGUGCCAGUUAGCUAUCUUUCUUCCCAUUCCCACAGUGGCAUAACUUCUGCCAUUUCCCAGUCAAUUGGUACUCACUGUUUUUCUUGAUGUUAGCUGGCAAAAAUUUUUGUUAUCUGUUGGACAUUUUUUGAAAUUUGAUUUUUUUUUGACAAUUACAUGUAAAAUAAUUUUAAAGAUUAAUUUAUUAAUAUUUUCAUUUUUUUCCCUCUCCCUGCUAUUUCUCCUCCUUGAGACAGCAAGCAAUUUGAUAUAAGAUUAUACAUGUGCAAUCAUUCAAAACAUAUUUCCAUAUUAGUCAUUUGUGAAAGGAAAAGCAGGUUUCUCCCCAAAAACACCCAAAAAAAUUUAAAGUGAAGAGUGGUAUGCUUUGAUGUGCAUUCAAAUUCCACCAGUUCUUUCUUCAGAGGUGAAUAGCAUUUUUAUCAUAUGUCCUUUGGAAUUGUCUUGGAUUGUUAUAUUGCUGACAAUAAUUAAAUCAUUCACAGGUGAUAAUUUUAUAUUACUAUACUGUAUACAAUGUUCUGGUUCUGCUCACUUUAUUUUGCAUUAGUUCACGAAAGUCUUCUAGCUUUUUCUGAAAGCACCUUUUUCAUCAUUAAAAAAAAAUAAUAUGAUAAUAUUCCAUUACAAUCACACACCACAACUUUUUCAGUCAUUCCUCAUUUGAUGGGCAUCCCCUCAAUUUCCUAUUCUUUAAUACUACAAAAAGAACUUAUAUAAAAUCUUCCCCUUUAAAAAAAAAAUCUCUUCGGGAUAUUGAUCUAGGAGUACUAUUGCUGAAUGCAUAGAUGCCAAUUGCUCUACAACAGGGGUCCUCAAACUACUGCACACAGGCCAGAUGCAGCAGCUGAGGAUGUUUAUCCCCCUCACCCAGGACUAUGAAGUUUAGUUUUUGUUUUUACGUAGUCCGGCCCUCCAACAGUGAACUGGCCCCCUAUUUGAAAAGUUUGAGGACCCCUGCUCUACAAAAUCAUUGGAUCUCAAACACACAACUCCUGAUUUUUCCACAUUCUCUCUUACAUUUAUCAUUUUCCUUCUCUUUCAUAUUAGGCAAUCUGAUAUAUAUGAGGUAGUGUCUCAGAAUUGUUUUAAUUUGCAUUUCUCUAUUCAGUGGUGAUUUUCAGUAGUUUUCUUAUGGUUAUUAGCUUUAAUUUUUUAUGAAGAAGAAAUUCUUUCUUAUCCUUUGACCUAUUGAUCAACUGGGAAAUGUCUUGUCAUCAUGUACAUUUGACUCAAUUCUCUAUAUUUUUGAGAAACAAAGCCUUUAACAGAGAUAUGCACUAUAAAAUAAUUUUUCCAACUUCUUUACUUCUAAUCUUGGAUGCAUUGUUUUUGUUUGUAUAGAACCAUUUUAAUUUAAUGUAAUUAAAACCAUAUAUUUUAUAAGUGAUAAUGUUUUCUCCUGUUUGGUCAUGAAUUCUUUCCUUAUCAAUAUAUGUUACAAGUUAAUUAUUUCAUUCUCCCCUAAUUUGCUUAUACUAUUUUUUCUUAUGUCUAAGUCAAGUUCCCAUUUUGACCUUAUCAAUACAUUAUUAGAUGUUUGGGGCAUUCUGCCAAAUGGCUUUCCAGUUUUUCUAGCAGUUUUUCUCAAAUACUAAUUUUUUUGUCCCAAAAUCUUGGCUCUUUGGGUAUCCUACUAGGUAACUGUGGUCAUUUAUUACCGUGUAUUGCAUACCUAAUCUAUUCCACUGAUUUAUAAUACAUUUUUUUCCCAAAACAAUACCAGAUUAUUUUUAUAAUUAUCAUUUUGUAAUACAAUUUGAGAGCUGGCACUGCUAGGCCACCUUCACUUUUUUUUUUUUUUCAUUGAUUCUCUUGAUAUUCUUGAACUUUUGUUCUUUCAGAUGAAUUUUUGAUGGCUUUUUUUUAACACUGUAAGAUAAUUUUUGGUACUUUGAUAUGGCACUGAAUAAAUAGAUUGAUAUGAAUAGAA